CCAAGUCAUUCGCCGCUGAAGGAAGAGUGAAUUAGAGACCAGGAAGUGUUGACACGGCGUACAUCUAUCGGCUACACUAGAAAACAGUUACAAACAUUUUAACUCCAAAGGAUAACGUGUAUUUUUUUAAUAUCGUGGUGUUAAUAAGAAGCUGGUGAAACUAUGGGUGUAACUGAUCCAAACAGUACGGAGCAUAGAGAAGGAGAAUCUUCACAGGAUGCGGAUCGAGUCAAAACUUUGCAGUCUCAAGUGGACGGGGUCAAGGAUAUUAUGACCCAGAAUGUUGAUCGAAUUCUGGCCCGUGGAGAAAGACUGGAUGAUCUAAUGGGAAAAUCUGAAGACCUGGAGGCUGGGGCCCAGAACUUCAAGCAAACCUCCCAGAAGGUCGCUCGUGCUUUCUGGUGGAAAAACGUGAAGCUGAUUGUGCUGAUUGUUGUGAUAGUUCUCGUCAUUUUACUGAUUAUCAUAUUCCUUGCAACUGGUGUGAUUCCAGUCAGUGGAAGUGCUCCAAAACCUCCAACCGUGACUCCGCCAUAGGAUUAGGAGCAAAAGAUCAAUUACACAAACACAGUCACAUAUACAUAUAUAUAUAUAUA